AUGCUGGGGUCUGGACUUUCGAACUUCCAACUCCAAGGGGGCCCCUCAGUGUACCUGGGGGGCCCCCUGGGUCUGUUUAGCCCGGGGCGGCUGCGGGCUGCGCUGGAGCUGGUGCAGCAGCGGGAGGCCUUCGGGCUGCAGCAAGGUGCUGCUGCUGCUGCUGCUGCUAGCCGCGCAGCAGCAAACUGGACUGUGGAGGGCCUCCUGGACCAGUAUGCUGAGCUCUGGGCCACGCAGCUGCACCUGGCCAUGCAAAAAGCUGCUGUCAAGGAGGCAGCAGAAGCCACUGCGAAGCAGCUUGCUGCAGCAGGGGCCCCGGAGCCCACCCUCGUCCUCGCCACUUUCCUCCUCUAG